ACUCCCCCACUUUGUCAACCAUUAUUUUCAUUUUGUAAAUGUCGUAAAUUGCAAUUUUGCGAUGUAUGAAUAUCAAAAUUUUUUGAUUUAUGAUAUGAGUUGGUGUAAGUGACUACAAUUAUUUAAUUUGUUAAUACCCUUUCUUUCAAUAUCCAUUGUUAUUAAACAAAAUGAGUGACUCUGCCAUUCAAACCUUGGAGGCAGCGGCACAAAUAUUGAUGGCACCACCAAAUCUGGUGACACCAGAACAACGCCAUCAAGCUGAAAGUGUUUUCCUAGAAUUUCGAACAACAAAAAAUCCUUAUCAAUUGUGUCGAGAAAUUCUUGAGAAGUCUACCUCAGAAUAUGUGCUAUUUGAGGCUGCGGGUCUCAUCAAAGCAGGUCUGAUAAGAGAAUGGAGUUUACUAUCCAAAGAAGAUACUUCAUCAAUACGAGAGUAUUUACUGAAUUAUUUGCUGAGAAAAGAAAAUCCACCAUUUGUGAAAGAGAGGUUGCUACAGACUAUAGCCAUAAUCAUCAAAAGGGGAAGUGUUGAUGAUGGGGGUAGGGAAAGAAAAGCCUUAUUGGCUGAAUUAGAGAAAAUAAUUGUUACCCCACCUAUUAGUCAACAGAAGCUGGCAUGUUCCUUGAUAUUAGCUAUAAUGCAAGAGUUUGCUAUCACAGUUAAAACAGCAGAUGUUGGGUUAAUAUGGGAGGUACAUUUUCGUUUGAAGAAAUCAUUUGAAACACUGAAUUUGAAGAGAAUAUUUCGAUUCACGAUUGGAGUGCUUGAGCAAAUCAUGCGUUCAGGACAUCCACCUGAAGGUGAACAAGCAAUGUUAACAAAACAGUUGAUUUCAAUUAUGGAAACAAUACUUUGCUGGAGUCAUGUAUCACCUUUACUAUCGAAACGGUUGAUUGGUGCAUUUGAAGCUAUAUAUGAAAGUGAGACAGCGCCCGCAUUAAGGUUAAAUAUGAACUGGCGGGAUACCAUAAUAAAACCUGAAGUCAUAGCAUUGUUCUUUGAACUACAUAUAUAUGUUAGGUCAAAUCCUGAGCUAACUAAUCCGUCAUUAACUUGUCUAGUACAACUAGCAAGCUUAAGUGGUGUAGUAGUAUCAGCUAGUAACUUGAAACAACAGUACUUGGAGCAUUAUGUGAACAAUUUUCUGCGAAUGUUGUCAUUCAUUCAGCCGAAUCACAGGGAAAUGCUCGGUAUAUCAGAGAUAUAUCGGAGAUUGAUACAGUUUUUUACUCCUACCUUGAUAGCUGGGACACCUCCAGCUUUUCUUCAAUAUCUAACAACAUACACAUGCCAUUGUAUAAGAGGUUCGAUAAUAGAAGAAGGAUUGAAUGAAGACACAGUAUUAAGAGAAGCGUUGAACAAAUUCUUGCACACUUGGAGUUCUUUGGUACAUGAUGUUGAUGGAUACACAACGGAAACAUUACAAAAUCCAUGCAUAGAAGUGUUCAACACAUAUUUGCAAUGUAGAUUAGCUCCGCCUGAUGGUACUAGAGGAUUAGAAGCUAAGGAUGGCUGUGAGGAAGAUAUAAAGGAUGAUAUAGAGGAAGACGAGAGAGAGCUACACAAUGAAGUGUUGAUGACCAUAGGAGCGAUGGCGCGGAAAGCACCAGCACACUGCUGCCAUUUGCUAUUCACUUUGUUGCAAGAUAGAAGCAAAAGAUUGGAAAGUCAACUGCAAUUAAUGCACACGGGAAAGUUACCAGUGUCUAGUGCAGAUCAAUUGUCAAUGCUGUUUGAAGAUUUACAUUGGAUUUUGAUGAUUAUUGGACAUUUCUUAUCCAUGGAUGGAUCGGGAGAGGCGAGGACUGAAGCCAAUAUACCGCCCGAGUUGAUGCGAUACAGUAUUAGAGAAAAUGCUAAUAUAGACGCAUCACUUCGCUAUUUAGUAGGAGAGACGGCCACUCAGGAUAACAUCGAUCCUAUUGUCAAAUUAAUCGGUUUAAUUAUACGUAUAAACGAAUGGGAGUGCGCAGCGUUAGAAGCGGGUUUCGGCGGUGUGCUGAGUCCAGAACUUUCCGCCACCGUCUCUUGGUUGCUCAAAGUCUGGGCUAACUCAUACUUAAUGCUGGACCCGGCUGAUUAUACAGAAAUGUCGACAGUGCUGGAGUGCGCGUUCCGCCAGGAGUCAGAGGGCGCGGCGUGGGCGGUGCGGCGGCUGGCCAAGCGCGCCGGCUUCGUGCUCAAACAUCUCUCAGCUCAGCCAGUUGCAGUCAAACAUGUUGUGCAACUGUUGGCACAUCUGGCCUACGCUUAUCCCAAUCGAAAUCAGCUGGCGAAUUGUGAAGAUUUCGUAGCUCUUGUGGCGUGGGAAGUGUCAGGAAAUGAUCUGCCGGGUAAUGUGAGAAAAGAACUGCAUAAGGUGUUUGCACGACUCGCUUCCUAUACAGAAGGUGAGGCAAAGAAUUGUCUGGUUGCGAGUACGGCGGCGCUGCAACAGAAGCUGUUGACGCUGUUGAAUGUGCAGGAAGACACGGAGCCUGUGCGCACCACACUGGCUGACAUCCUAGACUGCUACUGCGGCAUCUCGGAGGGAAUGCUCGAGAUAGCAACAAUGGAUGAGCAAGUGACGAUGCUGUUCAACGCGUUAGAUAAAAUCCCGGGCAUCAUCUUCAAGUACCACAACUACCCGGGCGUGGUGCUGCCAGCUCUCAACCUCCUCGCCAAGUCAGCUAAGAACGCGAUGCAUUGCCAGGACCAGGAUAUCGUUAAUAAGUUCGUAGAUAUUUGUCACACGACCUUCGAAGUUUACGCUCGGUGGAACUCUGGCAAAAUCUCCAGUAUACCUCAAGACGUAGAAGAGGAAGCUUAUGACGACAUCAUAGCGCUGAUGGAGCUGGUGCGGUGGCUGUCGUGCGGCACGGGGGGCAGUGUGCACGGGGGGUGCGCGCGUGGCCUGCGUCUGCUGCUGCCGCUGGUGACGCCAUCACUACUCGCAUUGCCCACGCUCGCGCACUCCGCAUUCCGUCUACUCAGAGACCUGGAGCAGGCUGACGAGCUCACAAAUCUACCGAUACAAGAUUUCAACAUGGUGAUCGCUGCGUUACGCAUCGGUUUGACCGCAGUGUCUAGCGACGUGUCCACGUUGUGCUGCGAGACAAUAGGCGGUCUGUCCAAUAAAGCGCAGGCUAUGGGAGAAGAUAAUCGAUAUUCGGCCGCGUUAUUAAGCUUAGCUCAAUUAUUACUAAUGUUGAUAUUAAAAAUGGAAAUACCACCAGAUUCAAUACCAGCGGCGGGAGCUGCCAUUUACUUUUUGACAUGCGUCAGACCAUCUCUCCUGGAGGGUUUAGCUCGACAAGUUAUAGAAGCAUUUGCAGCCAACGAUCCAACUAAUGUACCGAGACUAGAAGAUGCCUUCAGGUUAUUAACCAAUGGAGUACUCUUCGAUGGUUAUAGGCCACAUAAGAUACGAUUCCAGGAUAACUUUGAUAAAUUCCUGUCGAGCGUGCAUGGAUUCCUUAUCGUCAAGUAGCGCUGCUAAGAGAGUCGAUAAUCGAUAUCGUCGAAAAAUCGAUAUACUAAAGUUUAAUCGAUAUAUUUGACUAUCGAUUAAACGCUUUACGAUAUGGUCUUGGUGUACUUUGACUAUCUUGAAAGUCAACAUGAUUUUGUCCUAAUCAUAUUAGGAAAUAAAAGAAGUGAAAACUGGUAAUAACCAGACUAUUUGGCGGUUUGAAACAAGCUGUUAUUGAUUUUGACAAAAAAUUAGUAAAAAAACUGUUACUGUAACUACAAGAAUGUGCUAAUCUUGCUAUUGCAAAUUUUAUAAAUAACAUGAUUUAUUGUGUAGUAAAAUAUAAGAAUGGAGAAUAUUUUAAGGGAAUUCGAAGUCCCUCCUUUGGGCUGUGUGGUAUUCCAAUGAUGGAAAAAUAGUAUUUUAUAAAGAGUAAGCUUUAUGUAGUUUUCUUGAAAACAUUAUCAAUUUUUAUACUAUUUGGCCUAAAUAGAAGCCUAUGUC